AUGGAUACCAAGGGCUCUACAGUGACUAUUUCUUCUUCGACCCCACCCCAAAACUGCUCUGGGAAUACAAAUGUCAGGACUAACUCUUCUAACAAGAGCUGUUAUCAUGAUGUUCAGUCAACUGGCCAUGCUCUACAAACUCCCCAGGGCCAGGGCUGUCGCCCCAGCCCCUGCCUUUAUCGCUGCCCUAACUACUUGAUAAGAACCUACAGCUUCCACCCCUGUCCGGAUGACUGCAGCCGGUGCUCUGACGGCAUUAACAGUCAUGAGAAAGAGACCAUGCAGAUUUUGAACGAACGCCUUGCAAGCUAUCUGGAAAAGGUGCGGAUGCUGGAAGGAGAGAACGCGGACCUAGAGGAUAAAAUCCAGGAGGAGUGCAGCAAGACACUCCCCAUCCUGUGUCCUGACUACCUGUCCUACUACACCACCAUCGAGCAGCUGCAGCAGAAGAUCUUGUGUACCAAGGCUGAAAAUUCCAGACUGGUCUCACAAAUUGACAACACCAAACUGGCUGCAGAUGACUUGAGAGCCAACUAUGAAGCUGAAUUGUCCCUACGCCAGCUCGUGGAAGCCGACGCCAAUGGCCUGAAGCAGAUCCUGGAUGCACUGACUCUGAGUAAGGCUGAUCUGGAGGCUCGAGUCCAGUCUCUGACGGAGGAACUUCUGUGCCUCAAAACAAACCAUGAGGAGGAAAUUAAUUCCUUACAGUGCCAACUUGGGGACAGAAUCAACAUUGAAGUAACAGCUGCCCCUUCUGUUGAUCUAAAUCAAAUCCUACAAAAAAUGAGAUGCCAGUAUGAGUCCAUUGUGGAGACAAACCGUAAAGACGUAGAAGAAUGGUUCAAUACACAGAUGGAGGAACUGAAUCAACAGGUAGUGAGCAGCUCUCAACAGCAGCAAUGCUGCCAGAAGGACAUCAUAGAGCUGAGACGGACCAUAAGUGCCCUCGAGGUUGAGCUGCAGGCCCAGCAUCGAAUGAGAGAUUCCCAGGAAUGCAUCCUAGCAGAGACAGAGGCCCGAUACACAGCCCUGCUGGCCCAAAUCCAGAGUCUGAUCCAUAACCUGGAGGCUCAGGUAGCAGAAAUCCGCAGUGCCCUGCAAAGACAGAACCAGGAAUAUGAAGUUCUGCUAGACAUCAAGUCCCGGCUGGAGUGUGAGAUAGCCACCUACCGCAGUCUUCUGGAGAGCUUGGAUGGCAGGCUUCCCUGUAACCCAUGUACCACUACAUGGGAGCCAUCCUGCCAGGCCAGAGCUAUGGAGUGUCUUACCCCAGUUUAUACAUCUAUAUCACUCCCCGGGAUUCACAAGCCCUGCCGUGCCUCUGGACCCCCAUCCCGGAUACUGGUUAAGAUAUGCACCAUCACCAAGGAGAUCAAGGAUGGAAAGGUCAUUUCUUCUCACGAGCAUGUGCAGCCUUGCUACAUCACCAGACCUGCCAAAGUCUAG